GAAUACCCCCCUUCCCAAGUAUUCUCCCACACUCCAGAUUCCCGAUUCGCCAACACUCGAUCCCCUCCCCAAUUUUCCCUCCAUUAACGAGCUUUUUAAGCUGCUCGAAUUAUUCCACAAUUCAACGUCCUCCCCCUUUCCACGUCGCUAAGCGAGCCCGAUUCAAUCCAGAAUUGUUACUUUUGCGGCGGGGGGUUUAUUCGCGGGCGAUCGCUCAGGGAACUCGGUGAAAAUACCCCCGAAUUCUGUGAAGCGUGUGCCGAGGGUUUGUUAACCUGCCAUAAUAAUUCAGAAAAGGUAGUCCCUGGGUAGUAAUGAGCUAUUUCCAUGUCAGGCGCUGAUUCAUGGAUUCUGAUUACAAGAAGUUUGGAAGAGGGCCUAGAGAACUUACAGGUGCUGUGGAUCUUUUAAGCCACUACAAGUUGUUACCUCACUAUGAUUUCUUCUGCAAGAGGUCACUUCCUGUGCCAAUAGCAGACACCCACUACCUUCACAAUGUUGUCGGAGACACAGAAAUCAGAAAGGGGGAGGGGAUGCAGUUGGGCCAGCUCAUUCAAGAUUCUUCCUUAUCUAGAGAAAAUAAUACACGUAUACAACCUUUUGACCUAGAUGUUCUCAGGGAAGCCUUUCAGCUAAGGGAAACGGCUCCAGUUGAUCUUCCUCCUUCCGAGAAGGGCACUCCUACCAUUGCUGGGAAACCAAAGAAUGAGUCUAAAGAUAAGGAGAAGAAACAUAAGAAGCAUAAGGACAGAGACAAGGACAAGGAUAAAGAGCACAAAAAGCACAAACAUCGGCAUAAAGAUCGAAGCAAAGACAAGGACAAGGAGAAGAAAAAAGAUAAAAGUGGACAUCAUGAUUCUGGAAAUGACCACUCAAAAAGACAUCAUGAGAAGAAGAGGAAGCACGACGGAGAUGAGGAUGGCGGUGAUAUUCAUAAACACAAGAAAAGUAAGGUAAAAAGAGGACAACAAUCAAAUCUCAGUUUCAAUAUGGCUCUUUUGCAUGUGACUUUGAUUUUCAUCUUUAUGCACCUUUCAUUCAUUUUCCUGAACUUCUUUCACAAUCAUACAUCAUCUACAUGUAAUUAUGCAGCACAAGAGCUCAAAGAUAGAUGAUAUGGGAGCAAUAAAGGUUGCAGGCUGAAAAAUGGUGGUUGAUCUUUAAUUUUGUCAUCAGAUGUUGGAGUUGAUAAUUGAGGAAUUCUUACUUAGUUAUUUCAAGUUAUAUAAGGUACAUAAUCACUUUUUAGCGGCAGCUUAUGUCCUUGUCUUGUUAUAUCUUAUAUUUUCAUAUUUCUUUUAUCUCAUUCUUUUACUAUAGAGGCUGAUUAAAUAAACAGCCUAAUUAGGCCUCUUUAUCUUGAUUUUAUAACUGAGAGGUUGGUGUGGGGGGUCUCAAUAGUCUAUCCUAAGUCAAAUCACCAAAUUUAGAAGUGUCUAAUUUGAAGGUUAUGCAAAUGGAGAUCUUAAAGGAGCCAUUUAGAAAAAAAGACAUUGUAAAUAUAUAUCUACUAUCAUAACAAUGUCACUCAGUCACUAUGGCCACCUGUGCUUGAACCUAGGAUUACACAGGUGUUUGCUCCCUUUAUUCUGCACUAAAUUGGUCAUAGACCGGCACUAAGAAGGCUGGAAGCCCUAGAUUGUACAUCAUUUUACUAUUUAAUACUCUCUGCAUUAUUACCAUUAUAUGGAGAUUUACAUAAUAAAAGUCUUGAACAUCUGGAACUACAGAUAGUGAUAGGUGGCCUGCGUGCAUAUUCUUACUUACCCCUAUAAGGUGUGCACUGCUUCUUUUACAUAUAUUUGAAUUUCUCUUAUGCAGAGCUUUAUUUGGACUUACUAAAGAUUGCCAAGAAGGUGAAUUCACUUGCUAAAGUGAAUUCAAGGUAAAAAAAUGUUGAAAAUGGAACUUUCUGUGUCAUAACAAGGCUCACAUCUCUGUAACAAUAUUUAAAGGGACUUAAUUUUCCUUCUUUUUCUUUUUGGCUUGGAACGAAUGGCUUAUUAAUUUUCUUCAUUUUCCUCCCAUUUGGAAAUCUAGGAUAAAGUUUUUCAAGUAGUCUAAUGCACUUGCAGAUUUGGUACAUAAGAAUAGGUGGAGAUAGGAUUUAGUGUCUUCUAACCCUUACUGGAGGGUAACUUAUUUGUAAGGAUGUGGCAAUGUGUAUCAUUCAAUGAGUUAAAGUUAGAAUAGAUAUCAUUAAUACAGGAUCAAUUUAAACGGCA